CCCUGCAAGCUUCAAUUGCCAUCAGCCGUUCCUUCCCUGCCUGUCAUUGUGCGCCGGCCCAGCUAAACAACACCGCCUCCGCCCCCGAUCCUCCAUCAUCUCCUGAAUACUGGGUAACAACACCCUCGUCUCUCGCUCACUCGAGUCUGCAUCUCCCCCACCAACCUCCUGAACAUGGCGUCGACGCCUACCCAUUCGGCACCUGCCCGCGAGCGAAGACCCUCCAUGAGCGCCCCUCUCGCCGACCUGCAGGGCCCCGUUGGCCCCUCGUUCUCUCGCCCCAAGCACAAGAGAACUGCCACGGGUUUCGGAGCCAGCGAGAUCAAGAGCGUCGAGGCGAGCAUUCCUGAGCCCCAGCGCGAGGCCUGGAGGAAGUUUAUGCCCAAGCCCUUCACCACGGCCGAAGAAUUCGAAAAGGAGGCUGUGCGCCACAUCGAGACGACGCUCGCCCGCUCCCUGUACAACUGCGACGAGUCGGCCGUGUAUGGGGGAACCGCGCUCGCCUUCCGCGAUAGGCUGAUUUUGGAUUGGAAUAAGACGCAGCAGACGCAGACGUUCAAGGAUCAGAAGAGGGUGUAUUAUCUCUCGCUCGAGUUUUUGAUGGGAAGAGCGCUGGAUAAUGCCAUGCUCAAUGUUGGGCAGAAGGAUGUGGCUACGAAGGGCCUUAGCGAACUCGGCUUCCGCAUGGAGGAUAUCAUCUCCCAGGAGCACGAUGCUGCCCUCGGUAACGGUGGUCUCGGCCGUCUUGCCGCAUGCUUCCUCGACUCGUUGGCCUCGCUCAAUUACCCCGCCUGGGGUUACGGCCUGCGGUACCGCUAUGGCAUCUUCAAGCAGGAGAUCGUUGAUGGAUUCCAGGUCGAGGUUCCGGAUUAUUGGUUGGACUUCAACCCCUGGGAGUUUCAGAGACACGACAUCACGGUGGAUAUUCAAUUCUAUGGCCAUGUCAAUCGCUGGCAGGAUGACGAGGGCAAGUUGCAGUAUUCGUGGGAGGGUGGCGAGAUUGUGCAGGCGGUUGCGUUUGAUGUUCCCAUCCCUGGAUAUCAGACCCAGACGUGCAACAAUCUUCGGCUGUGGGGCAGCAAGGCCGCAAGCGGAGAGUUCGACUUCCAAAAGUUCAACUCGGGCGAGUACGAAAGCUCGGUUGCGGAUCAGCAGCGUGCAGAGACCAUCUCGGCGGUCUUGUAUCCCAACGAUAAUCUCGAGAGAGGCAAGGAGCUCCGCUUGAAGCAGCAGUACUUCUGGUGCGCUGCGUCUCUGUACGAUAUUGUGCGCCGCUUCAAGAAGACCAAGCGUGCUUGGAAGGACUUCCCCAAUGCGGUUGCCAUUCAGCUCAACGAUACCCACCCCACGCUCGCGAUCCCCGAGCUUCAGAGGAUACUGGUGGAUAUCGAGGGGCUGGAGUGGGAUGAGGCAUGGAGCAUCGUGCAAAAGACCUUCGGAUACACCAACCACACAGUGCUUCCCGAAGCCCUCGAGAAGUGGUCUGUCCCGCUCAUGCAGCACCUCCUCCCCCGUCAUCUCCAGAUCAUCUACGACAUCAACCUCUUCUUCCUCCAAAAGGUGGAGCGCAUGUUCCCCAAUGAUCGCGAAUUGCUUGGACGCGUCUCCAUCAUCGAGGAGUCCAACCCCAAGAUGGUGCGCAUGGCGUUUCUCGCCUUGAUCGGGUCGCACAAGGUUAAUGGCGUCGCCGAACUGCACUCGGAUCUCAUCAAGACGACAAUUUUUAAGGACUUUGUCAAGAUAUAUGGCCCGGACAAGUUUACCAAUGUGACCAAUGGUAUCACUCCGAGGAGAUGGCUCCACCAGGCCAACCCUCGGCUUUCUGCGCUUAUUGCCUCCAAGCUGGGCGGGCAUGACUUUUUGAAGGAUCUCACGCUCCUCCACAAGCUUGAGAACUUUGUCGAUGACAAGGAGUUCCGCAAGGAGUUCAGGGAGAUCAAGUACUCCAACAAGGUGCGGCUGGCCAAAUACAUCAAGGACACCAUGGGCAUUACCGUCAACCCCUCGUCUCUAUUCGAUGUUCAGGUCAAGCGUAUCCACGAGUACAAGCGUCAGCAGCUCAACAUCUUCGGUGUCAUCCACCGCUACCUGGAAAUCAAAAAGUCGUCUCCAGAGGAGAGGAAGAAGUUCACUCCCCGGGUAUCCAUCUUUGGUGGAAAGGCAGCGCCCGGGUACUGGAUGGCGAAGGCGGUCAUCCACCUCAUCAACCGUGUUGCUAACGUGGUCAACAACGACGCCGAUGUGGGCGACCUGCUCAAGGUCAUUUUCUUGGAAGACUACAAUGUCAGCAAGGCGGAGAUCAUUUGCCCGGCGAGCGAUAUCAGCGAGCACAUUUCCACGGCUGGAACGGAAGCUAGCGGUACUAGCAACAUGAAGUUCUGCCUCAAUGGCGGUCUCAUCAUCGGAACCUGCGAUGGUGCAAACAUUGAAAUCACCCGCGAGAUUGGCGAGGACAACAUCUUCCUCUUCGGCAACCUCGCCGAAAACGUCGACGACCUCCGCCACGCCCACCUCUACGGCCAGUACCAGCUCGACCCCCAGCUCGCCGCCGUCUUUGACGCCAUCCACUCCGGCACGUUUGGUAAUCCCGACUCCUUUGAAGCGCUCCUCAACGGUAUAGUCGAGCACGGCGAUUACUAUCUUGUCAGCGAUGACUUCGCAUCGUACAUCCAGACUCAGGACCUGAUUGAUAAGAGCUUCAGGGAUACGGAGGAGUGGACGACGAAGACGAUAUUGACCGUGGCGAGGAUGGGUUUCUUUAGCAGUGAUCGGUGCAUUGACGAGUAUGCAGAGUCGAUUUGGAAUAUUGAGCCGAUUGCGCAGGAGAAGGAGGACGAGAAGAAGUGAGGGGUGGCAUGCACGGUGGUUAAUUGCGCGUGUGGUAUUUGUAUAGUGGCAUCAAUUGAUUAUUUUCUGCAAUUGGAAGGCUUGUAAUCAGUGAUCUGGAACCAUGGGUGACUUGCAGGGUGAUGGUGUUCAGAUGUUCCUGUAAA